CUUAUAUAUUUCAACUUGACUAUUAUUUCAUUAGUGAAUUUCUAUUUACAAAAGUUUUUAAAAAUUGAUCCCAUUGUAUAUCAUUUCAUAAAUUUUUCAUUUACUGUAACAUUUUGCACUUCAUUAAAAACUGUUUUAAAUAAUGUCAUCUUCAGAACAACUCACCUCUGAUACAAUAGGAGGAAAAUUCGUCUGUUACCGCUAAGUUUUGUUUUUAACAUUGGUAAAUUUGUAAGAUAUACAUGUUUUUGAUAAAAUUUAUCAAUAUUAGCCGAAAAUCUGUGUAAGUGUAUCUUUGCCUUGAAGAUUUUAGCUCCGCAAACCUCUCCCAUAUUUUUUUGACUUCCUAACUUGAAUAAAUUUCCUUUAUAGCAAUCUGCGGAAAUAUAGCAUGGCAUCAUUACCAAGUGUUCUGAUUACCCGAAAUGAUAUUCCCAAGGAGAGUGUUAUGCUCCUACAAAGUAGGUGUAAAGUUGAAAUAUGGGAUAAAUCCAGUCCCAUUCCAAGAGAUGAACUUUUAAAGCUUGUAAAGGGAAAAAAUGGAUUAUACUGUCUCUUAACUGAAAAAAUAAAUGCUGAGGUUCUGGAGGCUGCAGGUCCUGGUCUUAAAGUUAUUGGAACAAUGUCAGUUGGCUAUGAUCAUAUUGAUCUUGUAGAAUGUAGAAAAAGAGGUAUUGUUGUGGGAAACACUCCUGAUGUGCUUACUGAUGCUGUUGCAGAGUUAACCAUUGGACUUCUUCUAGCAACAUCUAGGAGACUUAUGGAAGCUACUAAAGAAGUUACAAAUGGUGGAUGGGCAAAUUGUGCUUGGGGACCUCUUUGGAUGUGUGGUACCUCCUUAGCUGGAAGCACAAUUGGAAUUGUAGGACUUGGUCGUAUUGGUUUUGCAGUUGCAGAGCGUCUCAAAUCUUUCAAAUUAAAAAAUAUAUUAUAUUCUGGAAAUAAGGCAAAAAUUGAAGCUACAGAAAAACUGAAUGCCAAAUUUGUUCCUUUUGAAGAAUUACUCAGACAGUCAGAUUUUGUAAUUACUUGUGCUUCUCUCAACUCUUCUACUCGAGGAAUAUUUAAUUUAGAAGCUUUUAAGAAAAUGAAGAAUAGUGCCAUAUUUAUCAACACUAGUCGAGGUGGUCUUGUUAAUCACGAAGACUUGUAUACAGCCUUGACUACUGGAUUAAUUAAAGCUGCUGGCUUAGAUGUUAUGGAACCUGAACCCUUACCAAUAGAUCAUAAAUUGACAAAACUUUCUAACUGUGUGUUGUUGCCACAUAUAGGAAGUGCUACUGUGGAAACACGAACUACUAUGGCUCUACUAACAGCAAAAAACAUCCUUUCUGGUUUGGAUGGAAAACCUUUACUUUGUCCUCUAUGAGCAUUUUAUUUUUAACCUAGAUUCUUGAAUCAAUAUAUUUAAUUAUAAUUUUGAAUUAAUUGCUUCUAUACUUAAAUAUACAUUUCUAUUUAAAUUUCUGAAAUAAAGUCAAAUAAUCUUGAAAAUAAAACAUUGAUUUCAAUUUGCUGACCUAAAAUGUCUGUGUUGUAUUUUUUUCUGGUUUUAUUUUAUUACAAAAGUAUAUCGGUUUCCUUUAAAGGAUUCUACAGAAAGAAGCUUAAUUCAUUUCAUUACCUUAAGUAAUAAAGUCAGCAUAUUAAGAGUUUUGACUAAUAAAUCAUUCAGUGCUAAAGCAAAGAAGGAACAAUGAUGUUUAAUAUUUAGGGCUCUAAUUUGGCAGGAGGUACUGCAAGUAGAAAAAUGAAAGCAUUUUAAAUGCGAAAAAUAUAAGAGAGGACAGAUGAAGUUGUUAUUUAUUAAAUGCCUACUGACUCAAUAUUUGCUAAUUGGCACUAGGGCCAAACUUUAAACUUUCACCAUCUUCUAUUUAGUAUUAUUUACAAUCUCAAAUGUGGGAGUGGAUUUUACUCAACUGUGCUUUGCCAUAGGGAAUAAAAAAACACUGUAUUUCGAUAAAAAAAGAAUAGAGAUAUAUACAAAUAUAGAACAUUUAAAAAUUAUAUUUUUCCAAAAUAAAUAAAUGCUUGCAUUUUAUUCAAGUAUAAAUAUCAUUUCCUUGAUUUUUAAAAACCCUUUUCAUUGCAAAUUUAUUUUCUUAAUUUAAAUUUUUUAUUGCAGUUUUUAAAUUGUGAAUAAUCUAUUAAAGCUUAAAUUUGUUUCUGUAUUUUAUAAUAUUUCCAUUUUUUGCUGAUUGUAUUUAUUUGUUUGUCCAACAGUGCAAUUCAUUGAAAACAUUAUCAAUUGUUCCAUUUUUGGUGCUGCAGACUUGCUGUAUUCCUUUCAAUUUUGUGUUAUUCCUCCUAAUAUUUGGCAUUUCUCACUUAAUACAAAUUCAGUUAUCUUUAAUGAUUAAUAUUAAAAUUCUUGUGUAUGCUAAUGUAUUACUUUUUUUUCUGAAUUCUAAUGCUGAAAAGGGCACUUUGAUUUGUUUUUUGCACAACUUAGAACUAUCUCAAAAUUGCUUAAUGAGCAUGGAAAAAUGAUGUAUAAAGGAGAAAUAUAAUAAUUUAUGCAUCUAAUAAGACUGUCGCCCUUUCAGUGCAACUUUGAUUAUAGCAAAAAAAAAAAAAAAAAAAGUAAUCAGUUCUUAAGUUUUUGUUACUGUUCUUCCUAACAUUGCAAUAUUCAAGAAAACUGUGUCUGCAUAUUGGAAUUUUUUGUGUGUGCUUCCCUUGUUAAAAAUAAAUCAU